AUGGAUUUCAUAAAACAAACUUUUUCGAUUGAGAACAACGUGAAAUAUCCCGAAAAUCUAGAACAAUACGUGGAUUACAACCAAGAAGUGACGCAAGAGUGCUUCCCCCAGAAUUACAUGCCUUUCUUCUACGACUACCGUUCGGCUGAUCGAAAUGUGUAUGAAGUGGAUGAGAGUGGGGAUUGGUGGGGUGAUAUGGGGGAUAACCAGGUCACGGUGAAGGAAGAGACGGACGAAGCUGGAACAUCAAAUUUGAACUUUAGUGAAGAUGAAGUCCGUUCACCAGCUGGAGGGCGGAAGGAGCGCACAGCAUUCACGAAAGCGCAGAUCAAGAGUCUAGAAGCUGAGUUCGCGCGCGCCAACUACUUGACACGGCUCAGGAGAUAUGAGAUCGCUGUAGCUUUGCAUCUCACCGAAAGACAGGUAAAGGUGUGGUUCCAGAACAGAAGAAUGAAAUGGAAGCGAACCAAAGGCGCCUCUAAACAUAACAAGAGGAAAGAAAAUUGUACUAUGGAGUAAAUGUUAAAAAACAUUAAUACUAGUGCAGUAUAGAUUAAAUUGUAAUUCCA